CCGGCUUGCGUUCCUCACCGUCUCCAAGUCGGCUCUGGUCGAUUCGUGCGCUCAAGCCAACUCACUGUCUUCCUACACUAUCUGUGUAUUUUGUAGCUCGUCGGCGCCAUGGAUGACGAAACAGCAGAGAUUGAACUGCUGGAGCAGAACCUCAAUAAGACGCAUCAGGUAUCACAGAGGAUGACUUCGAUACUCUCCAGCUUCGACACUCGCCUUGUGAAACUCGAGAAGUCCAUUCUGCCACUGUACACUUCCACCCAACAGCUCACCAGACGAGCGAAGAACAUCGAGAGUGCGCUCAUGAAGAUCGACGAGAUUGCCAGCUACCAGGAAGGUAUUGCUGCUGAGGAAGCUCUGAUUCUGCGCGGCCCACAACAAGGGCAAUUGCAGGAUUAUAUAGAGGUUAUGCAGCGCAUGAACGUGACCAUUGCGUUCGGCGCCACCGAUGGCGGUGCUCGCGAAACCGCACGCCUCAUCGAGACCGGCGCGAGGAAGCUCAUCCAUCUCUACACCAAGCUUGUCGCAGAGGGCUCCUCCGGGACGCCCGUCAACGGCCCCGAGUUUGAGCCUAUCCCCUUCCCGCCCGCCGUCCUUGCCUCGCUACAUCCGCUCGUCGACUUCCUCCGCAGACUACCCCUCCCGUCGACGCACCCGUCGCACCCCGCUGCGCCUGCGAUCCAGGCGGCACUCAAGGAGGCACAGAAGGGCUACGGCGACAUGCGCGGUGCAUGGUCGAAGAAAUGUCUCGAGGUGUACGGAAAACGCGUGUCGGAACGCGCGAGUAGCGUCGACGGGCUGGUGGCGGGGCACGAUUUUGAGAAGUUGGUGCAGAAUAUCAUGGACGUUGCCGAGGAUGAGUAUCACCUCCUAACCGAGCUCGCACCUCUCAUCGCUCCCGCAAUGAUCGCCUCGACAUACACCACUCUGCUCAACCCGCUCAUUUCCCUUUUCUCCAACACUCUUUCGUCCCUGAGCACACUGAUCAAGCGCUCGCUGCAUAGAUACACGCUGCAUGCGCUCGCACUGUACACUGCGCUUAAUGGCGCUCAAAGUCGCUGGGACGAAGUUGUGUGGCGGCCCGCGGGGCGCAAGGAGAACGAGCUAAAGGAUGGGGUGCAGACGAUCAGGGGCCUCUGCCAGCGUAGCUUUCCCGAAUUCCUUGCGGACAUUAAGAUGGCGGCGAGCAGCAGCCAGGGCGAGUUGAGCACAGGUGUGAUUGAUAUCACGAUAUCGACCGUAGAAUAUCUGGAGCGGCUGCCUGAGGUGCGCGGCGCUGUGGGCCCAAUGUUGCUCUCGCUCGGCGAUGGCAACUGGAAGAUGGGCGAAGGCGCACAGGUCGGAAAGAAAGCUCCGAGGACAACAGAGAUUAACGAGCAGACCAUCCUGGAGCAUUUUACUUUCGACAUUGUCAAUAUGAUCGUCAACACGCUUCAGGCGCUGUCCAAGUCGAACAAGCGGCCCGCGUUCGGAUCCAUCUUUCUGCUCAACAAUGUCUCGUACCUUCUCACUCGCCUUCUGCUCAAGCCGAAGCACCCGGAAAUCUCCGGGCUGCUCUCCAAACCAGCGCAGGACAUUCUGCGGUCAAACUUCCGCACGGCGAAGGCCGCCUAUUUCGACUCGAACUUUUCGCCGCUCCUACAGACGCUCGGAGAUGACCGCGACAAGAGCAAGAGUGCGACGAAGGAGAAGUUCACUCGGUUCUUUGACUUGUUUGACGAGGUUGCGGAGCGUCAUCAUUUGGCGAGGGUGCUGCAUGAUGACGAUCAGGGGAGAGAGACUGUUGCGGAUGAGGCAGUCAAGUUGGUCGUGCCGUCGUUGCAGAAGUUCAUACAGAAGAAUCUCGGCAAGGAAUUUAGCAAGAAUCCGAAGAAAUACAUCAAGAUGUCAGCAGAAGAAGUCGAGUCCCUGAUCAAGAGCUUCUAUCUUGAUCGAGACAACACCGUUCCUCCUCCGGCGGAGCGAGCAACAAACAAUCUGCUCAUUCAAGCUGGCUGGAGCCGCUAGCGAAUGGCACGCGGAGACAUAUACCCGAGCUGUGUUGUGCGUUGCGCACGGCAGUCCGAUCGACCGGCCGUAAUUUAUUGUCGUGGUUUGUUCGCUAAGACAAUGCGGAUUGUAAUGUUAUAGCAUUUUGGACGGGA